AAGCGGCUGUCAGAUGUCCCCACACCGGCAUUCCUUGUGGAUAAGCAAAUAGUUCUAAACAACUGUCAGAACAUGCUAAAAAAAUGUGCGGAACUUGGUAUUAAGCUCCGACCUCAUGUGAAAACUCACAAGACGGAGGUGACUGACCGGUUUGAUUAAAAGUUCGAGCUAAAACUCGAACAUCUGUCAUCUAAGAAAUAGACUGCUCAUCUCGUGAAACAGGUGCACCUGAUUUUCAGCAACUUGUGUCACUCCUGCUUUGGCAAUUGAUAAAAGAAGAAAAAUGGUACAGCAAAAGACAUUUUUGUUGAUUGACCAGAAACAGGUCUUAUACAUUGUCUGACAAAAAAGCGAAGCACAGAGAAGAAAUGUUUGAAUGUCAAUAUAACUUCCUUCAUGUACACACCAUCAAUGGAGAAGCAGCACUGCUCCAGACUGGUGGUCAGAAAAAAUGUAUCACUGUCUCAACAUUCAGAGAGGCAGAAUUCUUCGCAGAUUGUGGUUGGGAUGAUAUUCUAUUAGCUUUCCCUCUUGCACCUUUCCAUAUUGGUCGUGCCAAGUCACUAGCAGAUCAUAUCUCAACCUUUCACUUGCUGGUCGACAAUGUUGAUUCAGCAACAGCAUUGGCCAAAUCACCAAUACCUUCUGGCAAAGCUUCAUGGUCAGUUUUCAUCAAAGUUGAUACAGGAUAUGCAAGAGCUGGUGUUCGGUGGUCUGACACAGAAAUGGCUGUAGCGAUAUGUAAAGCCCUUCAGCCAUCAGUGAAGCUUCAGGGAUUGUAUGCUCACUGUGGAGAUUCAUAUCACACGAGCUCACUAACAGAGGUGUCAGCUGUGCGCAAUCGUACAGCUGAGCGUGUAGUGAAACUUGGUGAGGAGCUUGUGCAGAGGGGUUUUGCAUGCCCAAUCAUUUCUAUUGGAUCCACACCAUCGAUGAGUGCCAGUGUAAAUGCUGAAGACCACAAAGUUUUGCAGAAGCUUAACGAGGCACAUGUAGGGAAUUAUGUAUUCUAUGAUCUUCAGCAGGCAUCUCUGCAUUCAUGUUCCUUGGAUGAUGUGGCUUGUAGGGUUAUGACUCGUGUUAUUGGUCAUUACCCACAUCGAAAACAGAUGCUUAUUGAUUGUGGAUUCACUGGGCUAACCAAACAAGGACUGAAUGCUAAUAAAUUUGUUGCAGGAUAUGCCCUAUUUGAGAAUCAUCCAAAUCUAAAGUUAAUUGAAAUGUCACAAGAAGUGGGCAAAGUUGAAGGUGUUGAUGGUAACCUAGAUUUCGAUCAAUACCCAGUUGGAACUGAACUGUUACUGUACCCUUACCAUGCAUGUGCGACAGCAUCUCAACAUCCUGUUUAUUACAUUCACAAAGAUGGUCUUGUUGAAGAGGAGUGGAAACCUAUUAGAGGAUGGUAGCCCCGAGUAUGACUUUUAGUACUGUUAGUUAAAGAGCUUCUGUAAAGUAUUUUGUGCCUCUUGUUAAUUAUACCCAAUCAAGCAAAAAUGCUCAGAAUGAAACAGUUGUUAUCUAGUUAGAGCGCAACUCUGAUAUUCGAUCAGUGGCAUACAGUCUGGCUGACCAGUACUUCUGAUUAUAUGAACAAGUGCAAAAUUGAAUCGAUUCAAGGAUCCCCACAAAAGUCUCCCAGUUCUUCUGCUACAGGAUUUGUAUGCUAUCCGAAAGAUGGGAGAAUGUAGUGGCCAGCGAUGGGCAAUACUAUGAAUCAUAAUUUUUUUUGUAAGUUUUUCACAAUAAAGCCCCGAACUUCAAGAAAAAACAGCAGAAGCAAAGUUGUAGACCUAGUAUUAAACAACAACGCACAGGUUUUAUGUUAAAACUGACUGUGAAGAAGAAAAUACUCUACUGUAAGAGACUGUGGUUUUGUUUUCUUUGUUGCAGCCAGUUUUAACUAUGUCUGUCUAUCUCUUCCUACCCCCUAUUUCAUUAUUUCCCUUCGCUAUAUGUCCAUCUACUACUCCCUUCUCUCUCCACUUUAUCACGCUUACCCCAAUAGGAGGCUGGUGGUUCAUAUCACCACAGUACUUCUUUCCAGCUCAUAACUAAUUUGCGUAUCAAAUUUUAUUGAAGUAAUUCCAGGGGCUUAGGAUGUGCUUUUUACACACAACUUUGCUCACAUAUGCACAUGUAAAAUAUAUUUCACAUGUAUGUAACAUAUUUCACUUGUAUCUGUACACUUAUUUCAAAUGUACCUCUGGCGAACCAUGCCCUACAAUUUCAUUUUCAUACAGAUCAAUGUUUAUGAUGAUGUAUCUCCUGAAUUAAGGGUUAUGCAAUGAUAUAUUUGUGUACAUACAUUCUGCAACAUAUGUGGAUAAUAUCUGAAAAAUAUGUUGGUAAUAGAAUUAGUAGUAAAGAAGAAAUAAUUUAAAAUGUCAUAACUGUGUUGUACAAUGAUAUAUUUUUGAUGGUAUAUUCAGUGGCAUAUGUGGAUAUUGGCUACAUAAAGUGUUGUGAAUAGAGUUAGCAGCAACAAAGUAAUAAAUUUAAAUGUCUUGUA